CUCAUCACCAGUCCACCUUACUUCACCACCACUCAAUUCAACUUCACCAUCAGUCCACAUGACCUCACCACCAGUCAACAUAACCUUACCAUCAGUCAAUAUAACCUCAUCACCGGUCCCUACAAUCUCACCUGUGGUGAACAAAACCUCAACACCAAUUAACCCACCAGCCAACAAAACAUCACCUCCAGAGACUACAAUGUCACUACAAGUACAUUUAACUUCACCACCUGUCAACACAACCCCACCACAAGUCAAUGAAACUUCACCACCAGUCAAUGCAACUUCAUCACCAGUCAAUCCAACUUUACCACCAGUCCAUAUGAUCUCAUCACCAGUCAAUGCAACAUCACUGCCAGUCAAUAAGACUUCACCAUCAGUCCACAUGACUUUACCACCAGUCAAUGCAACUUCAUCACCAGUCAAUAAGACCUCACCAUCAGUCCACGUGGCCUCACCACCAGUCAACAUGACCUCAUCAGCUGUCAACCCAACCUCACCACCACUCAACAUGACUUCACCACUAGUCAAUAUAACCUUACCACUUCUGGUCACCACAGUACCAUUGCCAGGAAAUGCGACGUCUCCACCAGUCAUCAUGACCUCAUCACAAAUCAACAUGACAUCUCCACCAGUCAACCCAACCUCAACACCACUGAACAUGACCUUAUCACCAGUCAACGUGACCUCACCACCAGUCAACCCAACCUCGCCAUUCCUAAACAUGACCUCACCAUCAGUCAAUGUAACCUCACCACCAGUCCAUGCAACCUCACCAGUGGUCAACGCAACCUCAACACCAGCUAUCUCACUGUCACCUUCAGUCAAUGGAACAUCAACACCAGGAAACACAACUUCUCCACCAGUCAUGAUGACCUCACCACCUGUCAAUCCAAACUCACCACCAGUCAACAUGACCUCAUUACCAAUUAACAUGACAUCUCCACCUGUCAACCCAACCUCACCACCACUGAACAUGACUGCACCAUCAGUCAACAUGACCUCACCACCAGUCCACAUGACCUCACCAUCAGUCAACAUGACCUCACCACCAGUCCAUGCAACCUCACCAGUGGUCAACGCAACCUCAACACCAGCUAUCUCACUGUCACCUUCAGUCAAUGGAACAUCAACACCAGGAAACACAACUUCUCCGCCAGUCAUGAUGACCUCACCACCUGUCAACCCAAACUCACCACCAGUCAACAUGACCUCAUUACCAAUUAACAUGACAAUCUCCACCUGUCAACCCAACCUCACCACCAGUGAACAUGACCUCAUUACCAAUUAA